CGCGAAAUGUGUUCUUCGUCAUGUGGAUUUAUGAGUUUACUGAUGAAAUAGAGUGCAAAGAAGGAAGGUGAGAGCCAGCUGUAUAAUGUAUAUUUUCCAUAGACCAGCAAGGCACCUGGGAGCAAAUCCAUUACAAACUCGGAGCCUGUAGGCCAGUGACAGUGGCGCCCUCUUGUGGUGACGUGCUCGAGAGAUGAGUGGGCUUCAGGUGCACUGCCUCAGAGCAAAGUGAUGCUACUGGGAUACAGGUGGGAGAGGGAGAGAGCGCAAAGCAGCAGCAGAGCAGCAGCUAAUACACACACAUCAAGCAUUCCUCUGGCAGUCUGGGACCUUGUGCAUCUUUGAAAUUACAAGGUUGGAGAAUGGAGUCUUGAAGCUGAACAGAGGAGCCGGGAUGUUGCAAGCGAUCUGGACUGGACUUCUUUUGCUGCAGUUUCAGGCAGCGCAAGGGAAGGUCUUGGAACAAACCUAUCAGAAAUGGCUGAGGUAUCAGAUGGAUUGCAUGAAGCAAAUGGACCAUGAGGCUUAUCCUUCAGGGGUCUACUGCAACCGGACCUUUGAUAUGUAUGCCUGUUGGCCAGAUGGGAUCCCAGGCACUCUGGUGAAUGUCUCUUGUCCUUCGUACCUGCCUUGGUUUGAUAAAGUGAGUCUGGGGGUGGUGCGGCGCAAGUGCGGGCUGGAUGGACAGUGGCUGCAGCUGGACAGCGGUCAGUCCUGGAGGGACAUCUCGCAGUGCGAGGACGAGGCUGAGGUCCUGUCUGAAGAGAUGUGGUACAAGCAGCUGAUGGUGAGUUUCAAGGUCCUGUACACUGUGGGAUACUCCCUGUCCCUCUUCACGCUGCUCUGGGCUCUCAUCAUUGUGCUGGGAAUCAGAAAGCUGCACUGCACUCGGAACUACAUCCACGCCAACCUGUUUGCCUCCUUCAUGCUGCGGGCGGUGUCCGUGAUUGUGAAGGACGCCCUGCUGGAUCAGCACUGGGGCCGGGAGAUCAUGGCGGUGUCGGACCUGGCAGCGAUGCUGAGCCACCAGGCUGCUAUUGGCUGCAGGAUGGCGCACGUGGUGAUGCAGUACUGCAUUCUGGCCAAUCACUACUGGCUCUUCGGGGAGGCAAUCUAUCUGUACACUCUUCUGAUUGGAGCAGUGUUCUCGGAGAAGAAUAACUACACCCCAUACCUGUAUCUGGGCUGGGGAAUUCCUGUCAUUUUUGUGGUUCCAUGGAUGGCAGCAAAAUAUUUGAAGGAAAACACAGAGUGCUGGGCCCUCAAUGACAACAUGUCCUACUGGUGGAUAAUUCGGUGUCCCAUUCUCCUGGCCUCACUGAUAAACCUGGUGAUCUUCAUGAAGAUUUUGAAGGUGAUUCUCUCCAAGUUACGGGCCAAUCAGAAGGGCUUUCCGGACUACAAACUCAGGCUGGCUAAGGCCACGCUGACCCUCAUCCCACUGUUCGGAAUCCACGAGGUGGUCUUCAUCUUCGCCACGGACGAGCAGACCACCGGCAUCCUGCGCUACAUCAAGGUGUUCUUCACACUUUUUCUCAACUCUUUUCAGGGCUUUCUUGUGGCUGUGUUAUACUGCUUUUCUAACAAAGAGGUGCAGUCAGAACUGCAGAAGAAGCUGCAGACCUGGAAAGUGGAGAGCGCUGCCCUCUGCUGCCCACAGCGAGAGGAAGGGCAGCAUGUCUUCAGAAACAGUGCUCCAGUCACACUCUCCACCUGGCAACAAGCCCCAUAGAUCCGAUACUAGAUUCAUGUCUGUGUAAUGCUGUACUUUAUCUAAAUACCAGCAGAUUCAGGGACUCGGAACAGUAGUCAACCACUAGGGCAAGGCUCUGUAUGUAGAUAUAGUCUCCUCUAUUUGAUGUUCUUAUUGUGUAAUCAUUUGAACAGCGGCUCUUAAACCUUUUCUAACUGGAACCAACUUUGUAGUGACUUGGGUCUGCCGCAGCCCGUUAGUGUGCCCCCCUGUGUUAAUACAGCAUGCCGUAGAAAUGCAACCUAGUUUGAGAAACUGCAUUAGAAGUUGGUUUUUUUUUUCCCCAAAGCAUUUUUAAAAACAUUUUGAUUGUGUUCUUUCUUUUUGCAUAUACAGUAUCCAUGCGCAAAUUCCCACAUUGUUGUAUUGAAUAUAUUGUAAAUAACAUUACAAGUAAUAUUUAAAAUAAUGAUAUCAUUGUAUUUGUUGUUAUGCUAAUAGCAGUAUAGGUACUGUGCUUACCUUGCGUGUAUUUCAUGUUAAAGAGUGUGACUUAGUUAAGGUAUUGAAUACAGUUUUCCUGU